UUCGCCUCCUCCACACAACUUAUCAUAAAAGUUUCACAGCUAAUAAUCUAGCUUAGCUAGAUAUACGUGCUUCAAUAACAAAAACAGUAUGGCUUUUCGAUCAAAAUUUCUCAUCAGUGCCUUUCUCUUCAUUUUUGCAUUGAAUGGCCUUGUCUACGGAGCUCCAAACUGCGGUCCAAUAGAAGCGGAUGACAGAGACAGGAUUCAGUUUGCUUUAAACUUGGAAUUCUUGGAGGCUGAGUUUUUCCUCAAUGGUGCACUUGGUCAAGGCCUCGACUCCAUCAAUUCAUCUCUGGCUCAAGGUGGUCCACCUCCUAUUGGAGCCCAGAAAGCCAUUUUGGACCCUCUUGUCUAUCGGAUCACCGAGGAGUUUGCUUAUCAAGAAGUUGGUCAUCUCAGAGCAAUUGUAACAAGAGUAGGAGGAUUUCCAAGGCCUCUGCUGAACCUGAGCAGAGAGAAUUUCGCAACACUGUUUGAUCAAGCUGUUGGUAUCCGUCUCAAACCUCCAUUCAAUCCAUAUGCAAACUCAAUCAACUAUCUAUUAGCGGCCUAUGCUAUCCCUUACGUUGGACUUGUUGGCUAUGUCGGCACCAUCCCAAGCCUCAAUCUCAACACUUCUCGGAGUUUGGUUGCAAAGCUUUUGGCGGUGGAGUCUGGGCAAGAUGCAGUAAUACGGGCGUUGUUGAUCCAGAGAAGUGAAGAGCUAGUUUCACCAUAUGGAAUAAAAGUAGCAACAUUCACAAAUUACAUAUCUAGGCUGAGGAACACGCUCGCUGGGUGUGGCAUCAAAGAUGAAGGAAUCAAAGUGCCUCGGGAACUUGGGGCAGAGAAUCGGACGACCAGUAAUGUUCUAUCGGCAGAUACAGAAUCAUUGGGCUAUGCAAGGACCCCACCUGAGAUCUUAAGGAUAAUCUACGCCAGUGGCAGUGAGAAUCGCCCCGGUGGAUUCUUUCCUAAAGGUGCGAAUGGGAAUAUAGCACGCCGCUACCUUGGGGCCUGAAUUACCUACUAACUACUACUUAAUACCUAAAUAAUUGAAGACUCAUAUCCACUAUGAAGAGAAUCCUAAGCAAUAAAGAAAUGAAAUAGAAUAUUAUGUGCAUAAUAAAAAAUAGUUUCGUUAUACAAUGUAAUGCUAAGUUGUGGCUUACAUAAUAUAAAAUAGUUUGGUUAUACAAUUUCGUUAUACAUAAUAACAAUUUGUGGCUUA